UUUGUCCUUUUGUCCUUUCUGGCGGGAAUCAGAGUUGGUAAAGUUGAAGCCUCCAAAGCAGAGGCGACUGAGACUGUGUGAGUAAUGCGAUCGGAAGCAGCUCUCCCAGUCCCAGAAUGGGCAUCAAAGCCUUGCAUUAUGGGCAUCGACGAAGCUGGCCGUGGCCCCGUUUUAGGUCCUAUGGUGUACGGAUGCUUGUACUGUGCUCGCUCCUAUCAGAAGACUCUUUCCACCUUGAACUUUGCAGAUUCGAAGACAUUAAAGGAAGAGAAGAGGGAAGAAUUAUUUGAGGAAUUGAAGGCUAAUGAAUCAAUUGGAUGGGCUGUGGAUGUCAUUGAUCCUAGGGAGCUUUCAGCUAAAAUGCUCAAUAAAAAUAAGAUAAACCUGAAUGAGAUUUCACAUGACUCUGCAAUUGGCUUGAUCACUAGGGUGCUAAACAUGGGAGUUCUUCUAACUGAGGUUUAUUUGGAUACCGUGGGAGACGCGGAGAAGUAUAGAAUAAAACUGUCUGAAAGAUUUCCUUCCAUCAAAUUUGUUGUUGCAAAGAAAGCUGAUAGUCUCUAUCCAGUUGUUAGUGGUGCAAGCAUAGUUGCCAAGGUCACCAGAGAUCAAGCUUUGAGAGCAUGGAUGCUUGAGGAAACAGCUGAAAAUAUGCAUACGAACUUUGGUUCUGGAUACCCUGGAGAUCCCGUAACCAAGGCCUGGUUGGAAGAUCACAAACACUUUGUAUUUGGAUUUCCGUCGUUGGUCCGUUUCAGUUGGGGUACAUGCACUUCUUAUUCCAAAGACGGUGUUGAAGUCUUGUGGUUAUUUGAUAAAAAUGAUGGAGAUGGUUUCAACAGAAGCAGUGGCAAGCGGCAAUUGAAAUUAAGCAAUGUUGGUUUCACCUCAUCCAAGAGGAGAAGUGAUAUUGAAUCAAGUGGUAAAGGGCGGUGCAAGUUUUUCGAGACUCGCAAACUUGAGCAACUAACUCAUUUCUAAGUGAAGGUGAUCAUUAUUUGUUGAAAGAUCUUUGUUUAUUCCUUUGUUUUUCUUAUAGAUCAAAAUUUGUGAAUAAUCAAUUGUGGCUUCGUUUUAAUCUCUUAUUGAUGAGGAAGGUGAAAGACUGUAGAACAUUAGACUGCAUUCUUAACUAAAAUUGCAGUAGAAUCAAAAUUUGACUGGAUGAUAUAAGUAGAACGAACAUAUCCACAUAUUCGAGAUGUUUAUUUUGGGUAACUUGUAAUUUUAUAAGAGUAAUUUUGUUCGAGAUGUUUAUUGCGGUAAUAACCAUAUGAAUCUUAUCCAUCC